AUGAACCGGACGCAGCUUAAUGCUUCUGCUGCCAUAGCUUGCUCGAACUGCAACACACAUAGCACACCGCUUUGGAGGAAAGACGACGAUGGCAACAUUCUUUGCAAUGCAUGUGGCUUAUUCCUGAAGCUUCAUGGCAGUGCCCGCUCUAUGAGUGGCCACAAUCCACGGCAUGAAGCCCCAGCUAUGAAGCAGGAGGCUUCGUCGAACUAUGCAGAACCGUCUACUCAAAUUACAGCUACAGAAAUAGGAAAAUUUAUCGACAGCGACGUAACUAGCCAGUACACUAGGCCAUCAUCUCAGUCUAUGGGUUGCUCUAAUUGCAAGACACAAACUACGCCGGUUUGGCGACAAGAUGAUGACGGCAACAUUCUUUGCAAUGCAUGCGGUCUAUUUUGGAAGUUACAUGGGAAGACCCGUCCUGUACUAAGUUUCAAUCAGCCGGUUACUGUUCCAGCAAACAUACAGGAAUCAUCUUCAACCUUAGCCGCAAAGUUCUCCCAAAUGACACCCCCUUCCUCAACCGGGCUCACUAGUGUUGUAACAAGUCAGCAAGACAUUCAAAAGCACGUCGAUACUGCGACAUCCAUUGUUCUAGAAGGAAUUGACGACAUUGAUUGGGCCUCAAAGAGUCAUGCAUAUGGUUCUGCUGCUGAAGUGCCAUCGUGGAUUAAGGCACUACAGUACCCUGACACUAGUAAUCGAUCUGCGGCAAUAAGCCAACUUGAGGACAAUCUCGUGCACCAGGGCUCGCGAUGGGAAGCAACGCCCCUAACCAUCCCAUUUCUUCUCAAGCUAGCGACCGAUCCGCUGACACCGAAUCGUGAAGACAUCUUGGAGCUGCUAGUUGACCUCGCCGUCGGAGACCCAGAAGAUUGGCAGCCGCAGAGCAUCAAUGUUCGACAGUGGAGGGAACAAGUCCAGGUUUCUGGAAAUUCGUCUAUUAACUGGGAUUUUCUCUCGUAUGAUGCCGUGCGUGCUGGUGUACCAAGCAUUCGAGCCCUCCUGUUGAACGACAUGAACCCGAGAGUUCAAUCCUGGUGUGCGUAUCUCCUGGCUUGGUUCCCGGAGGAUGCCAGCGAAGAACAGCACGACACCUUGAAUGCCCUGUGGCAGAUAAUCGACAAAAAGGCUCACUAUGCUUCUACCGUCGCCUCGGCUGUUCUGGCAGUUGGCCUUCUCUCAGCAGGGCUUGUAUGGCUACACCGACCGGCUGCUUGCGCCAAGUCCACAUACAACCUGGAGCCAACAAAAUUGCGUCUGAUUGACAUUAGCCAAGAUGAGAGACCACAAGUCAGAUGGGCUGCAUCUAAGGCUUUGGUAGACCUCGAUGUGCCCACUUCCAAUGCAAUUGUCAACUUGGUGAGCGUCUCCAAGAAUCUCUCGCCCGGUCAGUCUUGGGAGGGUGUUGUACCUUCCGGACAAGAUGUAGUUGGCUCGUCAGAAGAGUCGAUAUGCGGCUUUGCAGUUCGUAAUGCGGAUACUACGUCUUCAGAGAAGAUGGACACCAUACUUGAGGCUUUUGCCAAGGUUUCACAUGAAGCAGCAUACGAGGUUGGAGGCACAGCGUUUAUCCUUGCUUUUGGGUUCGAGAAGCCCCCUCCACACCCCAGCCAGCCGUUAUUUCAUGAUUUGAAUGAGCUACAGAAACGCAGUAUACGUGCAGUAGCAAAGGCUAGUGACGAGAAGUGGAGGGAUGCUGGACUCGAUAAGCUGUUUCGUAGGCGAGGAUUUCUUCGAGAACGGGUUGAAGUGCGGCAGUGGGCCGGAAUAGACGAGCCGUGA